AUGCUCCGCUGGGCUAAAAGAGACUCUGUCCAAACGGACAAAUGGGCACCCCUCGCCGCGUCCGCCCCAUCCGGCUCCAACUCGCUCUUCGCCUCGGUCCUCAAACCCUCCAAGCCCAGCGCGUCCACGGGCACCAUGGUCGGGCGCUGGCCAGAGAGUGUGCUGCUCAGGAUAGUAUCCUAUUUACCUAUUCCGGAUCUACCGGCGGUGGCUAGGGUGAACAGAUCGUUUGCGCGGAUUGUGCGGGCGGAACAAGGAUGGGAGUCGCCACCGAAGAGUCUUGAGAUACGCCGGGACAAGGCGAUGACGCCUACCAAAACGCCCAUGAAACCCCGCAAAGACUCGCUAGACGACGACUUUGGCGAUUUCUCCACUCAGAACAACGACGUCUUCGAAGAGGUGGACUUUGGGGAUCUGACGGGAUCGAAGGGUGGCGCUUCAAAUGGGAAUGGCGCAGGAGCAUGGGGAAUGAAAGGCAUGGAGACCAAUCUCAUGGACUUUGGGGACUUGCCCAUGCCCAACAAGCCUUCCGGGUCAGGCGGGGCCAAAGCUCGACAAACGGGCUUCUUUGCGCUCGUCCCCCCUACUCCGGGCUCGGUAUCGGCACCGCUGGGCAAUGCAAAUCCCGGACCAUUCUAUCUCGCCUACAAAGCACAUCAUCUCGCCCUCACACCACUCUGUCGGCAUCUGCGGACCUCUCCUUCCCCAUCAUCGACACUCUCCCUCCUCUUUCCCCCGGAUCCGCGGACCUCCCUCCCUCUCCCACUCGCCGCACAGGGUGAACGCCUCCUUACUCUCCUGCUGUUCCUCUCGCCGAGGCUACAGCCGUUGCAGGACUGGGGCUUCCUAAGACAGGCGUUACUCGCUGCGGCGGACAGAUUCGACUCGACCUGCCUUGUCGCUUUCGAAGUGGCCGAUAGUCGGAAAGAUGAAGCGGGGAUGGAAGCUGCAGCGAAGGCCAGCUGGGCGGUAUGGGAAGCUGGAGGUGGGAGUCGGGACCAGUGGGAGUGCGGCAGAGUAUGGGUGGAGAAGCGCGAGGUGUUUUACGAGACUGGGAAAUGGGAUCCCAUGGAGAAUAUCGUUAAGGUACCUACCAAAACGGGGCAGACGGUCCGCCAGCUGGACUUUACGCCCAUGGACGCAUUCAUGUCGCAUGUCGUGGAGACAUUCCGAGCGGAUGCCGAGCUGGCUGUCCGGAUCUUCCCUGCUCAAGCGAGGGUCGUGUUGUCAUUUUGCGACCGCGUCGCCAGCGAUGUUAUCGGAGAGUACAUCUCCUCCCUGCUCUCUUCCGCCCGAGCGAUCUCCCCUCGGCUCUACCUCCAAGCAACACCUGCAAGCUUCAUCCAAGCCUGGAAGAUCGUCGAUGCGGCCACCACCGUCCUCUCCACCAAGACCGACCCUAUCUCCACGACCUUCCGGGCCCAGAUCGAAGAUACCAUCUUCCGGAUGUUCGAGCAUCAUAUGGACGAGUAUCUCGACGAAGAGACGGAAGCUAUCAAGGCUUCCCUCGAGGAGAUCUGCCGCGGAUGGGAUAACCAGCUCGGGGAGGAUACAAGUCAAGGCGGGACCGGCAGCCGAAACGGACCCAAUCCGGUCACGCCGACUUUCCUCACCUCGUCCAACCCGGAUCAGGUCAAGCGGAACGUCCUUGCCGGUUUCAAGGACGUGUUGCUCCUCCCAGUGACGAUUGUUCCCCGUACAGUAACGUUCGGAGUGAACGCCAUCGUGGCUGGAGGGAACCAGGCGGUGAACGGUCUAGCGAUGCUCAAUCCGCAAAAGUGGGGAGGGCAGGGUGGGGCGCGAGUCAUCAAGCAGGAAGAGAGCGGAGAGGUCAUCUUUGACGUCCCGACCGUCGAGGAUGAGAAGGAUGCUUCGGUAUCAGCGGAGAAGCGCCAGUCGGCCGGAUCGCUAGGCGAUAAGAGCCACCGGAAACCAUCUAUGGCGGACCUGAAGGAUGAAAAGUCCUUCGAUCGGCUCCAGCUGCUCGUUUCGCUCGAUACGGCACUGGAGCUGAUUCAGGCGGAUCGGGAUUCGCUUAAGCGGUGCGAGACGUUUGCCAAGUAUCCGGGCAAGUGUGGGGUGCGGGUCAGGGAGGCGAUUGAGGAGAUCUUUGUGUUGCUUCUGAAAGCUGCGGGGGAUAGACAUAUCUCGCCAGGUUUCCGAAAAGCUACCAACCAAAUGCCAACCUACAAACCGGACGAGCACGCCGAAACCACCUCUGUCGCUCCCCUUCUACAAUUCUUUGAGCUCGUCCAUAUUGGCGAUACCAUCCAAAGUAUGGUGCAGGUGUACUUCGACAAGGAGCUUACGGUCUACGUCGACAAGACCGAUUUCCUCAACACGGUCAUGCGGGAGAAGAAGCGAUUCGAGGGGAUAUUGGACGAUGCGGUCGCGGGGGGCCUGAAUGCGGGGAUUGAGGUGCUGAUGAAUCAGGUCGAGCACAUUAUCAUCGUCAAGACUGGCCCAAGGGAGUACUACCCCGUCGAAGGCUCGCCGAUGGGUCUUGAGCCAACUCAGGGGUGCCAAGAGGCGAUACGGUGUUUGGAGAUGCACUGUAAUCUUCUCAGGGGGAGUACAUCCAAGGAGGUUCUGGAGGUGUUCUACCAGGAGGUUGGGAUUCGGCUACAACAGAUCCUCCAGCGUCACCUCAAACGCCAGAUCAUCUCCCUCGAAGGCGGCUUCCAGAUCAUCGCCGACCUCAACGCCUACCACGCCUUUGUUGCGAGCCUGAAGCAACAACGUAUCACGGAAGACUUUUCGAACCUCAAGAUGCUGGGGCAUGUGUAUAUCGUCAGCGAUGCGAAGGAUCUGGCGCAGAUUGUGCGGGAUGUGACGCGGUAUGGCGGGACAUUUAGGCCGGAAGAUAUCUAUGAGUUCAUCCAGAGACGAGCGGACUGGAAGAAGAUUGAAAAGACCGUCGAUAAGGCGAUGUACGCUCUGUCGGUCAAGGAUGACUGUGUCAUCAUGUAG